CCGAAAGGCCGUGGCCGGGCCUGCAGGGUCCGGUCUCCUUGUUCAACAUCCCGAUCUGAAAUUCGAGUUUUACUUGAGCAGUCCUUAUUUGAGCUCUAUACAAGCCAAACCAUCACUGCCCAUCAUGGCGUCCGAUCUUCGGUACACCUACGAUUCCCUUCCAGGUCGGACAAUCCGCCUGCUCCGAUUGAGGCCAGGGCCGCCAGGGUCUCCCCUCAUUGGUUCCUUGGACAGGGUGUCUCUGGACGAUGCCAACGUGGAAUAUAAAGCCCUGUCCUACGCGUGGGGCGACGAAUCCCCGCAGUCUAUACUGUGGGUAGAUGGUGUCGAUGGCAAGCUCCUUUUAAUCCGGCCCAAUCUAGCGGCAGCACUCAGGCAACUUCGGCAAAACCAACUGUCCUGCUGCGACCUCAGCUGCGUCUGUCAAAAAAAUCCUACCUGGGCCCAGCAGACAGUUCAUGAGCAGUUUACUUUUCCGACAUACCUUUGGAUGGAUGCUGUCUGUAUUGACCAGAGCAAUGAGAAGGAACGCAGUCAACAAGUGUCGCUCAUGCAUGAAAUCUACACGAAGGCUUCAACCGUCAUUGCCUGGCUGGGGGAAGAAGAUGAAUACACCGUUCCAGCACUUCGACUGCUUUACGGACUAUCCAAUCUAUUGGACUGGUGGUCGGACGAUGCAAAGUCCGCAAUGCGCCAUUUGUCCCACAACAGGAAAUUCAAAAGCUUCUGGGUUGCACUAGGCCACUUCUUCUCACGGUCCUGGUGGACGCGAAUGUGGAUUGUACAAGAGAUUGUCCUGGCGAGGGACGUGAUUCUUGUUUGUGGCCACUGGUGCGCGAGUUGGACUCGACUUAACAAGGCGACACUAGUAUUGAUGGAUAGCUCUACCGACGAACUUUCCGAAGCAACCGCCGUCACGGGAGAGUAUCGACAUUUCUACGCAGCCCUACGAGGUAUUGGUCUCCUCGAAUGCUUAAAAAUAUUCAAGGCUAGCAUAAGAUCUGGUUACAAUCUGAAUGGGACCCCCUCACGGGAGCGCCCUUUGUCUGCCCUUUUAUUUGUCGGGAGAAGGUAUGAAGCCACCGAUCCACUAGACAAAGUCUACGGAAUCCUAGGGCUUCUUCGCGGAUUUGGGAUUAACCCACAGCUGGAAGUGAGGUAUUGCGAUAUGACGGUGUGUGACCUUUAUAUGCUCGCCGCGGAACUGAUAUACAAGGAGGAAGGAAAUCUCGACUUUCUUGGGUUGGUAGAGGUCAAUCGAUCUAUCGACCAGAUAAGAAGGUUCAGCUUGCCUUCCUGGGCGCCUGACUUUACUCUCCCGGUCAAUCACCUAUCAAUGUUCUGCCAUAUGCGCUACGCACGGAGGUGGCUAGACAAGGUUGAGCUUUCACGAGAGGUCUCAUGGACAUUCGCUUUUACUGGAGACUCCCAAAGCUGUUGUAAGUUUGACUUGAAGACGAAAACCAUCAUCGUUACGGGCUUUCGAGUGGACACGAUCCAAAGAAUCGAACCCAGAAUCACGGAUAUCAUGAAAAGCUUCAAGGUGGACCCUGCCGUAAGGUAUGGCAAGCGCAUUUGUUGGCUCCCACCUGACGAAGUAGAAGAGUCUUACCUUGAGAGAGUCUGGGAUUCUUUCUUGGGCCACGAGUGUAGCCAGGCUCGAGCAUGGGUUGACACUGAAAAGAUUGGCGUCGAAAACAUGUUCCCUCCACCCCUUCUGAAUCUGCAGUGCUUCCAGGCAGCGAAGAUGGGAUUAUGCGGUGUCACCGACGCGGCAAUCCGUCUAAAUGACCAUAUCUGUGGGCUGCCGGGACUUAGUGUGCCGUGUAUCUUGCGCCGGCAAGAGGAUUCGUGGCGCUUUGUGGGAUUGAGCUGCAUAAUUGAUCUUGAGGUUAUGCACGGUUGCCUCAUGGAAGGGGUAAAGACGGGAGUAUUCGCUCUCGAAGAAUUCGUAAUUAGAUGAGAAGGGAAGAGGAAUACGCUUUGAGGAAGGAAAGGCUUCUUGUAAAGACCCGUUCCGAAAGGCCUUUCGCGGGCCGCGGGGACCGGUCUUCUGUAAAUACGAGACGAAUGGUCUGACUAUUAGCCUCGUUCCGAAAGACGCUGGCGGACCCCGUAGGGGACCAGCCUCCCAUUAGAGAUUUGUGAUUUUUGGGUAGUGUUGCGGGACUAAGGGCUUGACAGCUAGCACGGCGUUUGUUGACGAAGAGGUUCGCUCAGAGAGCAGGGGAAAAGUGCAGCACCUGAGCGACGUGAUUUAUCCUAGCGUACACGUUUCUAACAUAAAGUAUGCGCCGAACCACUCCGCUUCACUUCCUUAGACACGGCGAAAACGGCCCUGCGUAAUAAACCGUCGCCCUAUUAUACUCGAGUGACGCAAAGAAGAGAGACGGGUUCGUUC